AAGACGAUGAGGACUGCUUUUAUGCUAAUGGUUCUUGUUUUCGCAAUGACAUGGUCAUAUUCGAGUACUCAACCGACAGAUCCUCAAGCGUGCAUUAGGGAGCUUAAGGGUACUUCAAGUAUAUGUCGACAUUCAAUUUUUCAUUUACAAUUCCAUGAGAUAAAGAAAAAUUGCUGUGGAACCAUUGCUAUUGUUUCUGAUUUAUGUUGGCCAAUUAUCUUCCCAAACCAACCUUACGUUCGUUUUUUCUUGAAGGGUAUUUGCGUUUGGAAGAAGUAG